AUGAAGUAUCACGAUCUGGACGACAACGGUCUUCCGGUCCCAAUUCCUCCCAUGUACAAGGUCCCAUACGUCAAGCUCGACGACAACGAGCGCAAUGAGCAAGACCGCCGUGCUGGUCGCGUGGGCAACGAUACGCUCGCCCGCCACCAACGCAGCCAGAAUUACAGCGGCAACCGUUCCCUUUACAUCGUGUCUUUCAAGUGCUCUCGCGUGGAAGUCUUCUACCUCCUCGAGAACACCGGGCUCAAUGUGAAGGAGGGCGACAUCGUCAUCGUUGAAGCUGACCGCGGUCAAGACCUUGGCACCGUUCAGCACGCGAAGGUCAGCCAUGAAGAGGCGCGCGAGUACAAGAGGAAGUACGACACCGAGCAAUACAAGUGGUUGAUGAUGUUCAGCAAGAACAACAACCAAGGAAACGUCAACCCAAACGCUCAGAUCUACGGCGAGAGUCGUGAGAUGAACGGCAUCGAUGGUCGCAAUCUGCUCGCGAACGCUCCCCGUACCAUGCAAGGCAACCCUCGCGAGAGUUUCAAGACCAAGGCGAUUAAGCGUCUAGCCGGGCCUUACGAAAUCCGCCAGCUUGCCGACAAGGAAGCCAACGAGGCGAAGGCGAAGCGCACCUGCCAGCAGAAGAUUGCUCAGCUCCACGUCGACAUGGAAGUUCUCGACGCCGAGUGGCAGUGGGACUUUCAGAAGCUGAUCUUCUACUUCUACGCUGACCAUUACAUCGACUUCAAGGCGUUGGUUACUGAACUCUACCGGAUCUAUAAGGUACGUAUCUGGAUGUCGGCGAUUAACCCAGCCUCGUUCGCGCUUCAGGCCAAUGGUCAGCCCCCGAGUGGUGUCGGUCCCGGCGCAAUCAUGGAGAACGGCCACAACAACAACAACUACUCGAUGCUCUACGGCGCCGACCCGGACCCGUAUGGCGCGGUCCCACCCUACCGCAUCCCGUCCGGCUCCUACAACCCCAAGAGCCACUUGACUAUGAUGCCUGGCCUGGGGGGAAACAACUUCGGACCGAUGGGUUCGAUGGGCGGCCCGAACUCGCAGUUCCCAUCCUUCAACAACUCGUUCGGAGACCCAGCGCGCGCCCUCUAUCAGCCCGCCGCUUACGGUACCCCCGAUGGGCAGACCCCCACGGAUCCGCACCCGAACGUGCCGCCGUACGUCCCCACGCCUACCGGCAGUCUUGAGGACUACAACUACUACUACGACCGCGUCUCCGCCUACAAUCAGCUGCCCGCGGCAACCUCGGCACCCUCGUUAUACUCACACCCACCGCAUGCCAACGGCUUCGCGUCAUUCAACCGGUUCUUCGGUGGCCACGCUGCCCACUCGAACGACUCGUACUCGCAGUUGAACCACGAAGUCAACCGCGCGCAGCCGAACGACUUCUACUCGCAGACAAACAGCGAGAACAGCGCUCAGCCGACCGACUUCUACUCGCACAUCAACAACCAGAUCAACGGCACGCAAGCGAACGGCCCUUACGCGCAGGUCAACAACGAGGUCAGCCGCGCUCAACCAAACGGCAUGUACUCACAGAUGAACAACCGCACCCUCCCGCCGCCGGCCAACCCGACUCACUACACGAAUCCCUUCGGUCCGAUGCAAGGUGGUUUCGCGCGCUACCCGGGCUUUCAGUCUCAGCGCCCGAUCGGCAGUGAGCGUCCAGGCUCCAGCGGCAACGCUCAGAUCCGCGGCAACCCUCCAUCUGAUCGCGUUGCCAACAACCAGACCAACUACAAUAACAACAACCGCAACCGCACCAACAACGGAACCAGCAGCGCCGACUCAUUCAUGGAGGCCAUGAACCGCCACCUGAACAACAACGGAGGAGGGUUCGGCGGGUUCGUUCCCGGCAAGUUUGGUGAGAGGAAGUAG